AUGCUGGCACCUGUGACAGGACGGCCACGGCUGAUGAGCGGCAUGCCAUCUCCGAGCCCAGCUCUGAGCCAGAGUGGCGGGGCCUCUGCUUCUGCCACCAGCACGGAAGCCAGGAGCUGGGCUCCCAGGAGGCGGCUGCACCCGCCCGGGAGCAUGAUGCUGGCCUUCCUGUCUCUGCUCAGCUGCCUGCUGGCUGCCAGCGAGGCCAAGGUCUACAGUCGCUGUGAGCUGGCCAGGGUACUACAGGAAUUUGGUCUGGAAGGAUACCGUGGACACAGCCUGGCUGACUGGGUCUGCCUUGCUUACUUCACAAGUGGCUUUAACACAGCUGCCGUGGACCACGAGGCAGAUGGAAGCACCAACAACGGCAUCUUCCAGAUCAACAGCCGCAAGUGGUGCAACAACUUCAAUCAGAAGGCUCCCAACCUGUGCCGCAUGUACUGCACCGACCUGCUGAAGCCGGGCCUGAAGGAAGCCGUCAUCUGUGCCAUGAAGAUAGCCCAGGGGCCCCGGGGUCUGGCCAGCUGGGAGGCCUGGAGGCAUCACUGUCAGGGCAAGGACCUCAACGACUGGGUGGACGGCUGUGACCUGUAG